CAAAGUGGCAGACGCAGCCACACCCUAGACUGACUCAUGUUCCUACAAGCAUGCUUACUCUUCCUCUGGUUCAAAGGAAGAAAGACAGGGAAAGCCACAGCAAGUACCUAAGGCCACAGAACAGGAAGGUUCCCAGUUCCCAGGAACACAUGCCAACACAAGGUUUCCUAUCAAGAUGACUGUGUGGCAGAAGCUCAGGCCGGGCAAAGCAGACGCAGAACCCUGUUACACUUUUGCCUAUCCGUGGCCCUCGACAUCAUUGAGAGAACUGGGACCAGCUUGAUCCUCAGCAGCCCUGGAGACGCUUUGGGGGAGACGAGUGUAUCCACGAGCGUGUGUGCGUGAGGAGGAGAGCAAAGACGUGAUUACUUCAGAAUUUAUUUAAGGGCCGGUGGAAACCACUGCAGCAGCUUCCAGGGGAAGCCCUUGUUCCAGAGGAAGAGGAGGUGGAGGCUGCCAAGGAGGAGGAGGGGAGGAGACAGAAGGAGGAGUAUCAGCCUCUUGCAUGAAGCAAGGAUGCUAUAGCAUCCUCACACGUUCCCAGCAGGGAAAUGGUCCAGGACUGCUGGGUGUGAGCCUCACCUCUCCUCCAGCCGAGACUGCGGUUGUCAGUGAUCCAUUGAAGAAACGGGACCUGAAAUAAGAGAUUUUAGCGAUGAUGUGUGAAGUGAUGCCCACGAUUAAUGAGGACACCCCAAUGAGCCAACGGGGGUCCCAAAGCAGUGGCUCCGACUCAGACUCUCAUUUUGAGCAACUGAUGGUCAAUAUGCUGGAUGAAAGGGAUCGUCUAUUAGAUACACUACGAGAGACCCAGGAAAGCCUCUCUCUUGCCCAGCAAAGACUCCAGGAUGUCAUCUAUGACAGAGAUUCACUCCAGCGACAGCUCAAUUCAGCCCUACCUCAGGACAUCGAAUCCCUAACAGGAGGGCUGACUGGUUCUAAGGGGGCUGAUCCACCGGAAUUUGCUGCACUGACUAAAGAACUGAAUGCUUGCAGGGAACAACUUCUAGAAAAGGAAGAAGAGAUCUCAGAGCUGAAAGCUGAAAGAAACAACACAAGACUGUUACUGGAGCACUUGGAGUGCCUUGUGUCACGUCAUGAAAGGUCACUAAGAAUGACAGUGGUGAAGCGGCAAGCCCAGUCUCCCUCAGGAGUGUCCAGUGAAGUGGAGGUCCUCAAGGCAUUGAAAUCCUUGUUUGAACACCACAAGGCCUUGGAUGAAAAGGUAAGGGAGCGACUGAGGGUUUCUUUAGAGAGAGUCUCUGCACUGGAAGAGGAACUAGCUUCAGCUAAUCAGGAGCGUCUAUCCAAUGGCUCCAUAGACUCCACAGAUGAUACCAGCCAGAUAGUUGAGCUACAAGAAUUGCUUGAAAAGCAAAACUAUGAAAUGGCCCAAAUGAAAGAACGUUUAGCAGCUCUUUCUUCCCGAGUGGGAGAAGUGGAACAGGAAGCAGAGACAGCGAGAAAGGACCUCAUAAAAACGGAAGAAAUGAACACAAAAUAUCAAAGGGACAUCCGGGAGGCAAUGGCUCAGAAGGAAGAUAUGGAAGAAAGGAUCACAACCCUGGAGAAACGUUACCUCAGUGCUCAGAGAGAAUCUACCUCCAUUCAUGACAUGAAUGAUAAACUAGAAAAUGAAUUGGCAAACAAGGAAGCCAUCUUGCGGCAGAUGGAAGAAAAGAACAGACAAUUACAAGAGCGUCUUGAACUGGCUGAGCAAAAGUUACAACAGACCAUGAGAAAGGCUGAAACUCUGCCUGAAGUAGAGGCUGAACUGGCUCAGAGAAUUGCAGCUUUAACAAAGGCUGAAGAGAGGCAUGGAAAUAUUGAAGAACGUAUGAGACAUCUAGAGGGUCAACUGGAAGAGAAGAAUCAGGAACUUCAAAGAGCUAGGCAAAGAGAGAAAAUGAAUGAGGAACAUAAUAAAAGAUUAUCUGAUACUGUGGACAGGCUUCUGACGGAAUCCAAUGAGCGCCUACAGCUGCACUUGAAGGAAAGAAUGGCCGCUUUGGAAGAGAAGAAUGUUUUGAUUCAAGAAUCAGAAACCUUCAGAAAAAAUCUUGAAGAAUCUUUACAUGAUAAGGAAAGACUAGCAGAAGAAAUUGAGAAGUUAAGAUCUGAACUUGACCAAAUGAAAAUGAGAACUGGCUCUCUAAUUGAACCCACUAUAUCAAGAACGCAUUUAGACACCUCGGCUGAGUUGCGGUAUUCAGUUGGGUCCCUUGUGGACAGCCAGUCUGAUUAUAGAACCACUAAAGUAAUCCGGAGACCCAGAAGAGGCCGCAUGGGUGUUCGAAGAGAUGAGCCAAAGGUGAAAUCUCUUGGGGAUCAUGAAUGGAACAGAACUCAGCAAAUUGGAGUACUAGGCGGCCACCCAUUUGAAAGUGACACUGAAAUGUCUGAUAUUGAUGAUGAUGACAGAGAAACAAUUUUUAGCUCAAUGGAUCUUCUCUCUCCAAGUGGUCAUUCUGAUGCUCAGACCCUAGCUAUGAUGCUACAAGAACAAUUGGAUGCAAUCAACAAAGAAAUAAGGCUAAUUCAAGAAGAAAAGGAAUCUACGGAAUUGCGUGCAGAAGAAAUUGAGAACAGAGUGGCUAGUGUAAGCUUGGAAGGCCUGAAUUUGGCAAGGGUCCAUCCUGGUACGUCCAUCACUGCCUCCGUUACAGCGUCAUCGCUGGCCAGUUCAUCUCCCCCGAGUGGACACUCAACGCCAAAGCUCACACCAAGGAGCCCUGCCAGGGAAAUGGACCGCAUGGGAGUCAUGACCCUGCCAAGUGAUCUAAGGAAACAUCGGAGAAAGAUUGCAGUGGUGGAAGAAGAUGGACGGGAGGAUAAAGCAACAAUUAAAUGUGAAACUUCUCCUCCUCCCACACCCAGAGCCAUCAGAAUGACACACACACUCCCUUCUUCCUACCACAAUGAUGCCCGGAGCAGUUUAUCUGCCUCUCUUGAGCCAGAAAGCCUUGGGCUUGGCAGUGCCAAUAGCAGCCAAGACUCUCUUCACAAAGCCCCCAAGAAGAAAGGAAUCAAGUCUUCAAUAGGGCGCUUGUUUGGUAAAAAAGAAAAGGCUCGACUUGGGCAGCUUCGAGGCUUCAUGGAGACUGAAGCUGCAGCACAGGAAUCCCUGGGCUUGAGCAAGCUUGGAACUCAAGCUGAAAAGGACAGAAGACUGAAGAAAAA